CUUUUGAAUUGUGAAGAAGAGAUCUCGUUGUGAAUGUGUUCGCUUUCAUCUCCAACAUCAUUCAUAAGACGUUCAUUAUAACAAACUAGAAUGUGAAAUCAUGUAUUAUUCAUUGGAUUAUAUAUACAUAUAUAAUUAUAUCUAUUGAAUUGUUUAAUUAGUCAAUUAUGAAAAAAGAUAAAAAGAACCAGGUGAUCAAAGUACAAAAUACUGAUUGCAGCAUGGUGACUAUCAAUGUACCUCCUGAAUUAAGAAAAAUUGAGCAAAUUUUAUUCGCUUCAGUAAAACAAAAUCGUUUUGAUUUAGUUAGUCGAAUAAUAGACGGUCAUAAAUGUGAUAUUAAUGUAAGAGAUAGUUUUGAUCGAACACCAUUACAUUUGGCUGCAUCAUCUGGAAAUUUACCAAUGGUGAAAUUAUUAAUAGAAGGUAGAGCAUUAGUUGAUCCAGUGGAUAAAUUUGGUAUUACACCAUUAUUUUGGGCUGUUUAUAACAAUUAUAAAAAUGUAGCUCAUUAUCUACUCAAUAUGGGGGCUAAACAUAAUCGAGUUACUAAGCAAGGUUUUACAAUUUUGCAUUUCAUUUCUGAAUCGAAUGCUAUUUCAAUAUUAAAAUAUUUACAUCGUAAAUCAUUAACAUUAGAAUAUGAUGUUGCAGAUAAUAAUGGAAUGACUCCAUUUUUAAUAGCUGCUUCCAAAGGAAAUGAAUUAUUAAUGGAGAUUUUGGUUAAACGAAACUGUAAUGUGAAUGCAACAGAUCUGUAUGGUCGAAAUGCAUUACACUUUGUCUCAAAAAAUGGUCAUAUCGAUGCAUUAUACUACUUAUUGUCGGUGGAACUACUUAAAACAAAAAUUGACGAACUAGAUAACUCAGGAUGUAGUCCAUUACAUUUGGCCUGUGAAAACAAUCAACAACAUUGUGUUCGACUACUUCUAGAAACUGGUGCCAAUGCGGACAUUGAAACAGAGACUCGUGAUUGUCCUUUGAUCGAAUGUUCUCGGAGAGGAUUUCACAAGUGUAUUGAUUUGCUUAUUGAAAAUAAAGCAAGUCGUGAGAAAACAAGCAAAGUUGGUGAUACAGCCUUACAUGUUGCAGCAUUAUCUAAUCUUUCAGAUACUAUCUAUUUUUUAUUCUCAAGAAAAUUUGAUCUUUGCGUUGUCAAAGAGGAUAAACAAACUCCAUUACAUCUUGCAGUUUCACAAAAUAGACUUGAAGCAGUUGAAGCUUUAUUGUUUUGUGGUGCUCCAUUAGAUCUGAAGGAUAAAGAUAAUCAAACUCCUUUGAUGAUUGCUGCCAAAUCAAAUUACACUGCAUUAGUUGAUAUGAUAAUACGUGCUGAUCGAUGGAAUAAAACUUAUCCGGUGAAUGCUCAAAAAUUGAUUGAUGAAAUUUUACAAACACAACAAACCAAAUAUGUAACCACAAGAAUAUUAGACAAAAAACAAAAGAACACACAAGAAAUAUUAUCGAAUGAUCGAAAACACUUAUUCAAUGAUAAUACUGGUAACCAUAGUAACAAUAAGAAUAAUGAUAGUACUGAAGAUUCAGAAAGUAGUCGGACAUACGUUGGACAACAUCACGAUUACCAUCAUCAUCAUCCUACUACUACUGAUAUUGAUGAGAAUUCAAUCAUUCCAAAUGAUAAUGAUCCUAAUGAUGUGAUGAUGAUAGAAUUUAUUGAUCCAUUUAAACAAUUACAAUUAGAAGAGAACAAUAAACAAAUUAAUGAAAUACAAUUAAUAGUAGAUCAUCGUUCAACGACCACAGCAAGUUCUGAAUCAGGUAGUGAAUUAUCAUUAGGUUAUGAAGCAAGUCGUGCAUGGAAUAGAUCAGAUCCAAGACAAUAUCAAUCUAAUCAUGAUCUAUUGAAUAAUUCAUUUAGUCUAUCACAAAUUAGUUUGAGUCGUGAUUUAACCGAACCAAAUUUUAAUCAAGAACAUUAUGAUCAUGAUGUAGAUGAUGUGGAUGACGAUGAUUAUCACCAUCGAAAACAUGGAAGUCUUAAUAAUUUAUCAUGUCAAGUUCAAGGUGAUGAGAUUUAUUUACCAAAUGGUGAGACAAUAUUUCGUAUUACGGAUACACUGUUAGCACAAUCCAGUAAGAAUAUGCGUUUAUUGAAUGGAUAUGGUUUGAAUUUAACACAUCCAUUUACAUUUAGAGCACCAUGUCAAAAUUAUGCUGAUGAUAUGAAUGUUCUAUUCUAUGAAUAUUCACAUCGAUAUGCCAAAUCAUCGGAUUGGAAAAAUUUAGCAAAAUUUUGGGGAUUCACAUUAGAUGAUAUAACUGCCAUUGAAUAUCAAGAUAUUGGUAAAAAUUCUUAUAAAGAACAUACAUAUCGAUUAUUGAAUAUAUGGUUACAUGGUAUUAGUGAUAAUCAAUCACCAUUGAAUGAAUUAUAUUUAGCCUUAACUACAAUUGGACGUAAACGAAUUGUGGAACAAUUACGUCGACGUAUUAAAACAUUAAAUAAACUGAAUAAUAAGCAUAAAUGUAAACUAUAUUAAGAAAUAUAUAAAUACGGAUACACUAGCACCUAACCAACCAAUCACCCACCCACCCAAACACACACAGAGACAUACAUGUACAUCAUGUGUAAAAUUUCAUUUUGUUGUCUUUAUUUUUUUUUUGGAUUACACUUCUCAAUUAUGCUAUUUGUAACCUUCUCUGUAUAUCCUUCUUUAUUAUGUAAUCAGAGUAUCCAGACACACACUCACACAUAGAGGAAAACAUCCUUCUUUAUUAUGUAAUCAGAGUUGCUAAACACACACACACACACACACGCACAUCAUGAGAAAUAUUCAUUCAUCUUAAAUAUAAUGGUUUGGAUAAAUGCCCCAGGGUAAUCAUCUCCCCAUCACAUUAUCUAACUCUAUUAUUUAUAAUAAGAUUAGGUGUUCUCUAUUUACAAUGAUUUUAAAAACUGUUCAUUUGUAGUUCAUGUGUAUUUUAUUUACUUACUUACUUACUUGCGCCUGUUACCUCUCAUGAAGGAGCAUAGGCCGUACAUCAUUAUUCUCCAUCUAACUCUGUACUGGGCAAUCCUUUCUAUUCAUCAUUCUGAUGUUUACUUACAAUUCUCAACGUAGUGUAAUUUUCAACUUUCCUCUUUCUCGUUUCUCUUCAAGAUUCCAAGUGAGCAUUUGCUUCGUGGUAUAGUUUGAUGAUUUCCAUAAUGUAUGUCCUAUUCACAUCCAACAUCUUUCCUUAAUUUCUUUUUAUCCGGAAGCUGGAUUUUGUUCUCUCCCACAAGAGACUGUUACUGAUGGUAUCCAACCAAAAGAUUUGUUGUAUAUGCGAGAGAGAAUGAAAAAAUACUUCAAUUUAGGUUUUCGUUUUAUUCUUUUCUUUUUCAUGUUGAUUUCUGUCAAUUACGCAAUUACUCUUUUGUACACCCCUAUACUCAUAUUGUUCUGUCAAAAUUGGUAUAGGGGGUCAGGUGGAGUAAUAUUCAUAUUAAAAAGAACAUUGAAAUAUUGAUCAAUAUUAUUAUUAUUAUUUUUACUAAUUAUCCUAUAUCUUACAAACAUAUAAACACAUAUUCAGUCACAGAUACUCAGUGAGUUCACCUCUGACGCUUCUCGUUGCUAAUUUUUCCUUCCUUGUCGAGCAUUUUCCUUUGUGUUUGAUUUAUACUUAUCUAUUUUCAAUACCACCCCCCUUCGUACGUUCUUUUUCACAUUCCUUUAUUUAUUUUUUGUACAGAAUGGAAAAAAGGGAAAAUUCUAAAUUGUAAACAAUAAAUUUGAUGAGAG